GUGUACGCCGGAUCGUAUAAAGCAACCACCAGCCUCGGACACUGCCUUUCAACGUUCCGAACCAUGUCCGCCAGCUCAGAAACUACGCCCCUGCUCCCGACGCAAAAUGGCAACGGUAAUCCCCACUCGCCGUCUUUCAACCACCGCGUCGUCACGUUCUUCAAAGCAGAGGGCCAACCUAGUUGGCUUUCUUCGUACCGGUUCUUCUUCUUCGGCUCCUGGCUUAAUGUCCUUCUCGUAUUUAUCCCCCUGAGUUUUCUCGCGGAGCACUUGCAAUGGGACGCUGCAUUUCGCUUCGGGUUCAGUUUCGUUGCGAUUAUGCCUCUGGCAGCGCUGCUCGGGACAGCUACGGACCAAAUGUCGCUGAAACUAGGACAGACGUUGUCCGGCUUGUUGAACGCUUCCUUCGGAAAUGCAGUCGAAAUCAUUGUUGGUGUCGCUGCUUUGUUGCAAAAUGAAUUGAGAAUCGUGCAGACCUCGAUGCUGGGUUCAAUCUUAUCCAACCUUCUCCUUGUCCUGGGAUGCUCUUUCUUCGCAGGUGGCUUGAAAUAUACUGAGAGCAGUUUCGACGAAACGGCCGCCCAAGCUUCGAGCUCCUUGAUGACUUUGGCAUGCAUCACCCUCGUAAUUCCCGCUGCCUAUCACAGCGCACAAUCGCACUCUGGCAACACUACAGCUCUGGCGAACUCAAUUGCGAACGCCGUUGUGGACGGUACAGACCUUGACUCGGUAUCUGAGCGUGGACUGCUUCUCAUCUCGCGCGGCACUGCGUUGCUCCUGCUGGUUGUGUACAUUGGUUACCUCCUGUUCCAGCUCAAGACACAUGCGCACUUGUUUGCGGACGAGGAAAACGAGGAAGUGGAGGAACAGAAGAUGAACAUCCCCGCUGCUGCGUCCGCUCUCCUGCUUGUCACUGUGAUGACAUCAUUCUGCGCCGAUUACUUGGUUGCCUCGAUCGAGGAGGUCGCGACCCGCUACGGCAUCUCGAAGCCGUUCAUCGGUGUCAUCCUCCUGCCCAUCGUUGCCAACGCUGCUGAGCAUGUCACCUCCGUCUGGAUGGCGCGUAAGAACAAGAUGGCUCUGACGAUUGGGAUAUGUGUGGGCAGCUCGAUCCAAAUUUCGGCCUUGGUGGUUCCGCUUCUUGUGAUCAUAGGCUGGAUAACUGGCCACAACCUCACGCUCUUUUUCUCCAACUUCGAGACAAUCGUGCUCUUCGUGUCUGUACUUCUGGUGCAAUUCCUCAUUCAAGACGGAAAGUCCAAUUAUAUGGAAGGCAUGAUGCUCAUGACCUUGUACCUCGUCAUCGCCAUCUCAUUCUGGGUCUCAAAUUGAAGGCAGCAGAAAUAGGUUCGCUGCGAUAAAACUAGACGACAUGAGUCGGUCCCCAUGCAAGUACCAUAUUAUCCUGUACUGUAUCAUCAUCGUACUGCGAUACCCUGAGUCCACACGGUCUUUCCGGUGCUUCCAUUUCUCGGACAGUCCACUUUAUUUAUCUCGGUAACACUCGCCUUCCAAUGUAUCCGUAGCCUUUUCACUUGCGCGGGUAGGCAGUCGACGGCAUUGUGUUACACAAUCAGUGUCAUCAAUGUACUCGCCUUGUUACUCUGCGUAAUAGAAGAUACGGUCUACCUCUACGUUGUGUAUACUGACUUGAUUUCAUCCGAAUCCAUAUGUUCGAAGGUCCUCA